AUGCCUUUUGGUCUGACGAAUGCUUUAACUGCAUUCAUGGAUCUGAUGAACCGAGUUUUUCAACCAUAUCUGGAUGAGCAUGAUGUGCAUCUUAAAGUAGUGCUUCAAAUACUCCGUGAGAAACAACUCUACGCUAAGUUGAGCAAGUGUAAGUUCUGGUUACAUGAGAUUGAGUUGCUCAAAGAUUAUGACUACACGAUCGAGUAUCAUCUUGGUAAUGCCAAUGUGGUAGCCGAUGCUCUCAGUCGUAGAGCUAUGUCUGAUUUGAGAGCGAUGUUCGCUCGCCUUAGUCUGUUUGAUGAUGGGAGUCAGAUCUAUGUGUCGAAUGAUCCUGAUUUGAGGCAGUUGAUUCUGAGGGAGGCACAUAGUAGCCCUUACUCUAUGCAUGCCAGUGGUAAUAAGAUGUAUCGAAACCUCCGUGAACUAUAUUGGUGGUUGGGUUUAAAAUGUGAGGCUACGGAUUUUGUCGUUGGAUGUCUGACGUGCCAGCAAGUUAAGGCUAAGCACCAGUUGCCUUCGAAGUUAGCGAAGCUCUAUAUCUUUAAGAUUGUAAAACUGCAUGGGGUUCCUAUUUUGAUAAUUUCUAAUAGAGAUCCUCGCUUUACUUCUCAGUUCUGGACGAAAUUGCAUGAGGCUCUGGGUUCAAGAUUGGACUUUAGUACUACAUUCCAUUCCAAUAUCGAUGGUCAAUAUAAGAAGUCUAGCAUCCAUAUGGCACCUUACAAGACUUUAUAUGGUCGUAAGUGUUGUACUGCACUAUGUUGGACUGAGUUGGGUGAACGUCGGGUUUUGGGUCCUGAAUUAGUUUCCAAGACUGAGGAUAAAGUUAGGCUGAUCCGAGAUUGUUUGAAGGCGGCUUCUGAGAGGUAG